UCUGGCAUGACCACCUCAUGUUUCUGCUUAUCAUUAAUAUAGUCAACCAGGAGCUUCAGCCCUUGAAAAUAUAGCACAAUUUCUUGCCCUAAGAUAAGAAUCAUUUAAAAGCUCUUAGUCAAAAUGACAGACCGAAGCCCCUUCGAAACAGAUAUGCUCACCCUUACCAGAUUUGUAAUGGAAAAGGGUCGACAAGCUAAAGGGACAGGAGAGCUCACCCAGCUGCUGAACUCCAUGCUGACUGCCAUCAAAGCCAUCUCUUCAGCUGUGAGGAAGGCAGGCCUUGCACACCUGUAUGGAAUAGCAGGAACUCUAAAUGUUACUGGUGAUGAAGUCAAGAAACUGGAUGUAUUAUCCAAUUCUCUGGUUAUUAACAUGCUCCAGUCUUCUUAUGGUACCUGUGUCCUAGUCUCUGAAGAAAAUAAAGAAGCUAUUAUUACAGAUAAAGACAAGAGGGGUAAAUAUGUGGUCUGCUUUGAUCCACUAGAUGGCUCUUCCAACAUUGACUGCUUGGCAUCUAUUGGGACUAUAUUUGCAAUCUACAGAAAGACCACAGAUGAUGAGCCUUCAGAAAAGGAUGCCCUUCAGCCAGGAUGUAAUAUUGUGGCAGCUGGCUAUGCUCUCUAUGGCAGUGCUACCCUGGUAGCUCUUUCCACUGGUCAAGGAGUGGACCUCUUCAUGCUGGACCCAGCUCUUGGUGAGUUUAUCCUGGUGGAAAAAGAUGUCAAAAUUAAAAAGAAAGGGAAGAUCUACAGUCUCAAUGAGGGCUAUGCCAAGUACUUUGAUCCUGCCACGACUGAAUAUGUGCAGAAAAAGAAAUUUCCUGAGGAUGGUAGUGCUCCCUAUGGGGCCAGAUAUGUGGGAUCCAUGGUAGCUGAUGUUCACCGUACCCUAGUCUAUGGAGGGAUCUUCAUGUACCCAGCUAACCAGAAGAGUCCAAAAGGGAAGCUCCGGCUCCUUUAUGAGUGUAACCCAAUGGCCUUCAUCAUUGAACAGGCAGGGGGCAUGGCGACCACAGGCACCCAGCCAGUAUUGGAAGUGAAGCCAGAAACCAUCCACCAACGAGUCCCUCUCAUUCUCGGGUCUCCAGAUGAUGUCCAGGAGUAUCUGGCUUGUGUCCAGAAACAUCAACAAAGUAGUCAAAGUGGACGCUGACCCACCUCUUUUCCUCUUCUGUUCUCAAACCUUACAAAUAGCCCAAUGUCCAGCACUCCCUGACCUGAAUGAAUAACAAGAUAACUUGAUUUGUACAUUGGAACAGAAAGGUAAAAAAAAUGAACCUCCAAAGCCAAAUCCUGAACCAAGAAACAUUUGAAUGGAAAGGUGGUUAAAAACAAAAUAAAAUAAGAUGGCUUUGUCUUGCUUUCUGUCAUGUUAGGAGAAUAAAGAAUCUUGGAAUUUGUUAACACAUACACAGAUGAACACACAAACAACAGCUGGCAGCUAUUCAAAUGCUGACAGGAAUGAAAGUGCUCUUAGAUUUCACAGUUAUUGAUUCUGAAAUUUGAACCAAACCUACUCUAUAGUAGCUGAUUUUUCUUUUUCAUGCAAUAUAUAUGUGUUUUUGAGGGGUGACUUGCAUUGGCCUUGAGUGACCAAUAAACCUUGUUUG